AUGAACCUGGGAGUUUCAUUCUGUCUCACUUGCGAGGAGGCAGGGACAGACCAGACCAAGUCGUGCUCUCGGAGCGCGAACGGCAGGCGCUGCUGCGGCCCUACGGUCCCACAACAUGUUGCAGGGGCUUCUUCUGACCGCCACUUUCCUCCUUUCGCCAGUUCCAGGUUGGUGUCUAAUUCCUUUUCAGGUUCUGUAAAUGCUAUCAAAGAACUCCCUGGAGUAAAGAACUAUGAAGUGGUUUAUCCCAGAAGACUUCAUCCACUACAUAAAAGAGAGGUCAAGGAGCCAGAGCAACAGGAAAAAUUUGAAACUGAAUUGAAGUAUAAAAUGACAGUUAAUGGGAAAAUAGCAGUGCUUUACUUGAAAAAAAACAAGGGUCUCCUUGCACCAGGUUAUGUGGAAACACGUUAUAAUUCCACUGGAGAGGAGGUCACCACAAGCCCACAAAUCAUGGAUGACUGUUAUUACCAAGGACACAUCAUUAAUGAAAAAGUUUCAGAUGCUAGCAUCAGCACAUGUAGGGGUCUAAGGGGCUACUUCAGUCAGGGAGAUCAAAAGUACUUCAUUGAACCUUUAAGCCCCACAAAUCAGGAUGGACAGGAACAUGCACUCUUCAGGUAUGAUCCUGAUGAAAAGACUAACAGCACCUGUGGGAUGGAUGACAUAUUAUGGGCACAUGGAUCUCGGCAGAGUGUGGCUCUACCUGCCACCGGUCUGGUGAAAUCCAAAGACCAGAAGGGUCUGGAACAUAAGAAAUACAUAGAAUAUUAUUUGGUGCUGGAUAAUGGUGAGUUUAAAAAGUACAAUCAAGAUCCAGAGGAAAUAAGAAAGAGGGUGUUUGAAAUGGCCAAUUAUGUCAACAUGCUUUACAAAAAACUCAAUACUCAUGUGGCCUUAGUUGGUGUGGAAAUCUGGAAUGAUGAGGAUAAAAUAAAGAUAACCCCAAAUGCAAGCUUCACCUUGGAAAAUUUUUCUAAAUGGAGGGGAAGUGUCCUCCUCCGAAGAAAACAUCAUGAUAUCGCUCAGUUAAUCACAGCAACAAAACUUUCUGGAACAACCGUGGGCCUUGCUUUCAUGUCUACAAUGUGUUCUCCUUAUCAUUCUGUUGGCAUAGUUCAGGACCACAGUGACAACAUGCUUAGAGUAGCAGGGACCAUGGCCCAUGAAAUGGGUCAUAACUUUGGAAUGUUUCAUGACUCCUAUGUUUGCAAGUGCCCUUCUGCAAUAUGUGUGAUGGACAGAGCACUAAGCUUCUAUAUACCUACAGACUUCAGUUCCUGCAGCCGCAUCAGCUAUGACAAGUUCUUCGAAGAUAAAUUAUCAAAUUGUCUUUUCAACGCUCCCUUGCCCACAGAUAUCAUAUCCAUCCCAAUCUGCGGGAAUCAGUUGGUAGAAAUGGGAGAGGACUGUGAUUGUGGGACUCCUGAGGAAUGUACCAACAUUUGCUGUGAUGCUAAAACUUGUAAAAUCAAAGCAAGUUUUCAAUGUGCAUUAGGAGAAUGCUGUGAAAAAUGCCAGUUUAAAAAGGGUGGUGCAGUGUGCAGACCAGCAAAAGAUGAGUGUGACCUGCCAGAAAUGUGUGAUGGCAAAUCUGGUAUUUGCCCUGAUAAUAGAUUCCGAGUCAAUGGCUUUCCCUGCCAAAACGGAGAGGGCUACUGCUUGAUGGGGAUGUGCCCCACGCUGCAGGAGCAGUGCACCCGCCUGUGGGGACCAGGGACCAAGGUUGCAGACAAAUCAUGUUAUAGCAGGAAUGAAGGUGGGUCAAGGUAUGGGUACUGUCGCAAAGUGGACGACACACGCAUUCCCUGCAAAGCAAGUGAUGCCAUGUGUGGGAAGUUGUUCUGUCAAGGUGGGUCAGAUAAUUUGCCCUGGAGAGGACAUAUAGUAACUUUCCUGACAUGUAAAACAUUUGAUCCUGAAGACAACAGUCAAGAAAUAGGCAUGGUAGCCAAUGGAACUAAGUGUGGAAACAAGAAGAUUUGCAUUAAUGCAGAAUGUGUAGAUAUCGAAAGAGCCUACAAAUCAACCAAUUGCUCCUCCAAGUGCAAAGGACAUGCUGUGUGUGACCAUGAGCUCCAGUGUCAGUGUAAAGAAGGAUGGGCCCCUCCUGAUUGUGAUGACUCCCCAGUGGUCUUCCACUUCUCCAUUGUGGUUGGGGUGCUGUUCCCUGUGGCCAUGAUAUCUGUGGUGGUUGCUAUAGUAAUCUGGCAUGAAAGCACCAGAAGAAAGCAGAAGGAAGUCCAGAGGCCACUUUCUACUACUGGCACCAGGCCUCGCAGAAGGAGGAGGACCCCACUGAUGGUGAAGGAUAUUCAGCCCCAAGAGAUGAGUCGGAUGAAGCUCCAUGCACCUGAUCUGCCAGUAGAGAGCAAUGAGCCUCCAGCUUCUGUUCUAAUUACAAAGCCAGAUUUUCCACCACCACCGAUUCCUAUGUCUGUGUCAUCUUCUUCUUUCCUUGUAUGUGAUACCUAUGAAAAGAAUGUGGUAAAGGGGAAAAUGAAUGGACUCAGAGUAGUUAAAGUGGGAGAAAGAUCCAUUGGAGCCUGUGCCACCACUCUCAAAUACUUCAAGCAGCUUCCCUGUGACCCAGGGGAUCCUCAGACUACACUGCCCACUCCUGUAUCUCCACCCUCCUUCUCCACUGGUGUACCACCGAUCCUGCCAAGUACAACCCUGGCCAUGGUGCAGACCUCCAAAACUUCAGACUCUGUGCUCUGA